UCAGCAGAUGUAGUGGGAGGGGAAGGGAACCAGGAAUGAUAAGAGGGAUCUCCCUGGAUCUACUUUAAAGAGGAAUCAGUAUGAACUGUUAUUCUGUAAUCAGGGAAGGAUUUUUUUCUGUGUUUACAUUUUGUGGUCUUUUCUUCUGUGUUUCUGCUUCUACUGUAUAAGGAGUGCCAUGGAAAAUGUAAAACAAAAGGGCAUUUGAUUCUGCUGGCCGUUCAAGGGCUGCCUGCUUCUGCCUGGAUUGUAUUUUUUCUGUGCUUUGCAUUUUACUCUCCCUUCUUUGCUUUGCAUAUCUACUGCUCUGUUUGGAUGCUGCUGCAGAAAGGCUGAAGGGAGGUUAACAAAGGAAAGAAGAGGAAGAGGGGGGAGUACGCAAGAGGAAAGAAAAAAAGACGGGUGUGGGCAAAAAGGCAGUUCCUGUAAAAUAUCAACACAGGGAGAUGUUGUGUGCCUGCAAGCCUUUUUCUGAGAAUCCUCAAGGGUUCAUGUGGAGGUUUUGUGCCUGUUCCUGAGGAAAAAACUCAUGCUCUGGCAUACCUCUGAAGCUUCUGCCUUGACCCCUAGUAGAAGAUGACCAGACUGAUGCUGGGGAGAACACUUGAAAGGAUAUGCAAGGGUAUCCUUCUCCUCUGUCUAGUCCAUUUUGCCAUCAUGAUGAUUCUCUACUGGGAUGUAUAUAUCCAGCGUUUUGACAUCUUCAAUCGUUUCAAUACCAGGAACUACUCCAGGAUGUCACACUUCUUCAACUUCUCUAAGCCAAAUAGCACCUUGCCAACUUUAGGUAUUGCUAGUGACCAUUUUCUGGCUAGUGAGAAAUCGGAGGCAAAUGUCACAACAGAGAAGCCCUUACCUCCAUGCCCGGAUGUGCCUCCUGGUUUAGUGGGUCGUUUACUGAUUGAGUUCAGUACACCAAUGACACAAGAACGACUGAGGAAGGAGAACCCAGAUGUCAAGGAAGGUGGCCGAUACUCCCCACCUGACUGUAAGGCAAGACAGAAAGUUGCUAUCAUCAUUCCAUACCGAAACCGCGAACACCACCUAAAAUAUUGGCUGCACUACCUCCAUCCUAUCUUACGUCGACAGAAGAUUGACUACGGUAUUUACAUCAUCAACCAGCACGGUGAUGACACAUUUAACCGGGCCAAACUGCUUAACAUUGGUUACAAGGAAGUUCUGAAAGAUGCAGACUAUGACUGCUUCAUCUUCAGUGAUGUUGACCUCAUUCCAAUGGAUGAUCGAAACUUGUACCAUUGCUAUGAUCAGCCAAGACAUUUUGCCAUUGCAAUGGACAAGUUUGGCUUCAGGUUGCCGUAUGCUGGUUAUUUUGGUGGGGUGUCAGGACUGAACAAGACUCAGUUUCUGAAGAUCAAUGGUUUUCCAAAUGAGUAUUGGGGCUGGGGUGGUGAGGAUGAUGACAUCUACAACAGGAUUACACUGAAUGGUAUGAAGGUAUCACGUCCAGAUGUCAAAAUUGGAAGGUACCGCAUGAUAAAGCAUGACCGAGACAAACACAAUGAGCCAAAUCCACAAAGAUUUACUAAAAUCCAGAAUACAAAGAUUACCAUGCACCGGGACGGCAUGAACUCCCUACAGUAUCACUUGAUAGAGACAGUCCGAUAUCCUCUGUACACAAACAUCACAGUGGACAUCGGCAAACCCCCUCCUCGUCCCCCAAGAGGAUAGCAUAAGGAGCCCUUAAAUACUGGACAGCAGUACACCAUCCUUUCUUCCUCUUUUUCUCUCUUUGCCUUGGUUGGACUCUUUAUGAACCAAUAGAUGACAAAUAAAUAUACAAGGCUAGAGAGGAAGAGAAAAUUACCCAGUUAAAAAAAAAAAAACUGCCUUGGAAGUAAAUCUGACAAGCUGGCAAGUUAUUACCAGAAUGUGUUCUUUUUAUAUACAACUCAAAGAUGGGAUGCUGGAUUUCUUUCUAUAAAGGUUAAACAUGAAAUACCCCUGUUCGAUUUUUCAGAGAUUUUUGCAUUUCUGCUUACUGUGAUGUACUGAAAGGACUAUCCAAGGGGGAAAAAAGUUUGUAUUUUUUUUUUUAAACAAGAAAAGAUAAUUCCACCUUUCUAAGACUAGAGUUUGAAGUAACCAGAUUUUUUUUUGGGGGGGGGCAGGAAAGGGAACAACAAUGACAUCUAGGAGGGCUUUCAGAUUGUGUUACAUGGACAUCUAUUUCUGAGAAAGCCUUGUUCUUGUGUCAGUGAUAGUGGACGAAAAAAAAAAAAGUGGAAAGUGCAAACAAAGAAAACUUCUGUUAGAAACUCAUGGCAGAAAUCAUCCCGAAUGACAUCCCUGUCUGGCUGUGGAAAUAUUUUUUUUCUUGAAUCAUGAAUGUAUAAGUGCUUCUGCAUGCCUGAAGAUUUUGUUAAUCAACCCGUGAGCAGUGAGGCUUUCCCAGCUUCAAGACCAAGAUGGACUGAAUGUUCUCCACUGUGAAAGUGGGGCAUAACCACCCAUACCCUACUACUCAAAAAUUCAGGUUCUUUAUAAUUUUUUUUAAAUGAAAAAAAAAAAAAAAAGAAAAUCUGAAUAAAUAAAGGAUGUGAGAGAGGUUUCUCA